UGCAAAUCUUCAAUUCAAAACCUGCCCGGCUGCUUCUACUAUUUCCGAAUCCUCCGAGUCUUCUAAUCGUCUCCAAGUAAGUUUCUUUCAUUCCUUCUCUGAGUCAUGUCAGACUGUGAGGAUAGUCAGCACCCCUCCGUUCAUUCUUAUGGUUCUGGCGGCCGGUCUCCCACCUUUGGUUCCUCUUCUUCUUCCUCCGACUCUGAGCACCCGGCUACUUCUCCACAGAAGAAGCCGGUUGAUGCUUCCACUUGCGCUCCCUCUUCUUCCACGGCGCAAGUGGUCUCGGUUGCCCAGUCCGGGGACAAGGGCCUCAUUCAGCUAGACGAUCGGCUGCUCCAAGAGCAACCGUCGUACAUGCAGAAACCCCAAGUCCAUGAACUGCGUAAUCUGAUGCCUGAUGGGUAUCAAUUGACCUACCGGGCAACGUGGAAGAGCAUUAUACCUCUCCAUGCCGGUACGUCAAUUGGGAUCCAUUACCAUUCGAUCAAGGAUUUGGGUGAGUUCUCUAUUCACCCAUUCAAAGUCCUUUUCCUUGAGACCUACGGGAUCAUGCCCGGGCAGCUGGCCCCUAAUGGUCACCGUUUGUUAGGCAGCUUUAUCAACGUCUGCCGGUUUCUUCGUAUUCCUCUUUCUCUUCGCCUCUUUGAUUAUAUGUUCGAUGUUCGGCCCGGGUCCAAGGAAACCCUUGGAUUCGUGGUGGUGUCUUCCCACAAAGGUCGAGCAUUCCUUUGUGGUCUUCCACCCUCCAACAAGAAGUGGAAAGACAAAUAUGUCUGCAUCAAAUUCCCCCCGGGUGCCUUUCCUUUUUCCCAAAACGUCUGGGGGAAAAGAAUGAAGCGCCAGGUCAAACCAGCGGAGGCCGAUGACUUGGUUGCUUGGGAAGCCACUCUCCGGGCCGGGGAUGCCUCCACCCGCGGUCUGUACCAUGUUGGGAAGUGGAGCGUCUACCCCGGCCGGGAGACUGACCCCGAACCAGAGAUUGUUCUGCCCGGGGUGAUCCCCGAAGCCAUCCCCAUCCGUCAGGCGAAGGGAUCCAAAGCCCCGGCCACUACCAAUGUCGGUCCUUCAUGCCCAGCGAAGAAGAAGAAGGAGGAAGUGGUGAAGUUUCAAUCCAAGUUUGCCGUCCCCCAAAUCGUGGUUGAGGAGCCCUCCUCCGCUCAGCCACUCGCUCCUCCAUCCAGCCAACCACUCUUGAUGGAUGAUCUGCCGGCCCAGUCUCACCAAGGGACCAGCCAGCCGAUUCACUCGGGGGAGAUCUACUUCAACGUAGACACCUUCGAGUUCGACAAUCUGAUGGGUGAGACUGGGCAUACGUCCCAGGCUGGGGUGGGAGACCGGCCCAAUGAGGAAAGGGACGCGGAGGAGACUUCUGGGGGGUCCCUUCAACGGAAGAAGCGGAAGACUGAGGAAGUCAACCAGCCUUCCCAUCAGGGGGCCCAGUCGUCCGACGCCGGCAAGGGGCCGAUAGUGCCUCGUUCCCUGGCUUUAAUGUCCAGGUCAAACGAGGAGCUCUUCCGAGCAUUCCGUGCUGAUCUGAAUGAGGUCGGCCGGAUCGGGGAGGAGUACUUCGCCCGGCUGGUGAAGUCGAUGGAUGAGGAGAAGGCCCGGAUGGAGGCCAUGAUGGUCGAAUGCCGGAAGGAAGCCCAGGCUGCCCGGGCCAAGGCAGAGAAGAUAGAGGCCAAAUGGACAGAGCACUGUGCGGUUUACCGCCAGCUCUAUGCCAAACACGAUGGUCUCCUCAAGGCUGCGAAAGAGGCCGAUGAGCAGGCCCAGGCCAAGAUCAAUCAGCUGGAGGCCGAGAAUGCCCGGUCAGCCGAGGAAAUCGCUCGGCUGGAAGAUGAGCUGCAGAAAGAGCAAUCGGAGCGUGCCGCCCUUGCUGCUUCCUGGGCCACUCAAACGCCUGAGGAGUUUGCUGCUAAGGCGUUGCCUGACCGGGAGACUGCCAUCCGCUUCUUCCAAGGCUUGUACAAGUACGAGGUCUCGGCCGGGAUCGUCGGCGAAAUCGGAACGUACGGCUUUGAAAGCGGCCAGUACUCGGAGCGGAAGGCCCUCUAUGGCAUCCUUCAGCAGAGGAUCCAAAGUUUUCAGCCAAAGGCUCUUUCUCUGCCCGAGCUGCACUCCGAGGCGCCUGAACCUCCCUUCCCGGGCAUCUGAUCCGUCCGGCCCUCCUUCCUCAUCAGUAUUUCUCUUUUUUUUUUAUAUGAUGGUCUGCCUCCGGGCACUUUUGUAUUGACAUAUUAAUGAAAAUAUGCUUUAUGU